UAGAUUAAUUAGUCGACGACACUGUUGAUAUUUGUUUUUUUACGAUGUCAAAAGUAGGGAAACAACAGAAUUUGUUUUCUUUCUUUUCUAAAACACCCACCAAGCCAAAAGGCGAGAGCGGUGACAACAAAAAUGUGCUGUCACCUCGGAGGUCGCCAAAUAGUGGAAAAUCAAAAAGUCCAGUCGCAGUCGUCAAGCCAUUGCCAAGUGAAAAUGGCAGCAAAUCUAAAUCGAAAGAAACAACUGGUGCAGGAAAAAACCAAGCACCAGAAGUACAACUGUAUGACGUCGUGUGGACGAAACUUGAUGGGUAUCCAUGGUGGCCGGCUAUCGUGUGUAACCAUCCAACCGAGAAGAAACACUGGCAAGGGGGGAAAACUCCGCAAGCCCAUGUCCAGUUCUUCGAUGAUCCUCCAACUAGAGCCUGGAUUAAGAUGAAAAAUAUCAAGCCAUUCCAGGGUUCCGACCACAAAGAGUUUCAGCGAGGUGGGAUGUUCCACACGUAUGACCAGCAGUGCUACCAAGGGGCGCUUGAAGCAGACAAGGCUCUUACGAUGCCGACUGCCGACCGGUCAUCGAUCAUCGUGAACCUCCAGCCGUCAGAUGACGAAGAAGAGAGUGAGGAGGAGACUGCGGAGCCGAUGGAUUUUGAUCCGGAUAUUUUCGAUGAUGAAAUGGAGGAUGGUGAAGAUAACAGUAAGGAAAAUAUUACCCAGAAUGCCGACUCUGAUAACGACUGUGAAAACACUACAAAAAAUUCGAAGGCAUCUCCGAAGAAAGGAACAAAACGACAGCCACGCAGAGCAUCGAAGAAUCAAGCAAAGCGAGUGAGGAUUAUAUCGGCAAGCAGUGACGAAGAAUCCGGUGACGAAUUCAAACCCGGGAAGUCAGACGGUGAUGAUGACGACAGCGAUGGCAGUAGUGGCGUAGAGGAAGAUGAAGAAUCGGAUACAAACGAAUCGCUCGAACCCGAUUCUCCUGUCAAGACAUUAAAGCGGAAACGACCGACCAGCAAAAUAUCUUCAUCAAAGGAAAACGAUGUCCAGAGUCCACUGAAUAAUUCCGUGACGUCCAGCGGAACGAAAAAUCCGUUCACACUCGCCGUCAGUGACAAGACAAAGUCAAAACUCUCCUUGUUCUCGGCAAACGAGUCGCCGAGUGUGAGCGAAUCAUCACAAGAAUCUGGAAGUCGAGAUUUUCCCCAUCUGAAGCUGGAAUUCAUUCAAACUAACAGAAUCAAGGAUAUCGACGGUCACAGGAAGAGUGAUGAGGAUUAUGACCCAAAGACUCUUUACAUUCCAGACGGCUUCCUGCUGAAGCAGACGCCAGGUAUGAAACAGUGGUGGGAACUUAAAGCGAAGCAUUUCGAUGUCAUUUUGUUUUUCAAGAUGGGUAAAUUCUACGAGUUGUUUCAUAUGGAUGCCGUCAUCUGUGUGAAUGAACUCGGCCUCAUCUUCAUGAAGGGUGAUCAUGCUCACUGCGGGUUUCCAGAGAUCGCAUACGACCGUUACGCCAACGUUCUCAUCGAGAGAGGCUACAAGGUCGCGCGGAUAGAACAGACAGAGACUCCCGACAUGAUGGAGAAAAGAUGUAAACAACUGUCUCGACCUACCAAGUUUGACAAAGUGGUAAGGAGGGAGGUUUGUCGGGUUACGUCAAAGGGUACGAAGACGUAUCGCCAUGCCGAUGGUGACUGCAGCACCAAUGAGACCAACUAUCUGUUAGCGAUAGCCGAGAAGGAGAACAGACAAGAUGACUCGAGCGUGUACGGUGUUUGUUUUGUUGACACGUCCAUCGGCCAGUUUCAUGUUGGACAAUUUACUGAUGAUCGCCAUUGCUCCAGAUUACGGACAUUGAUAGCUCACCACCCACCAGCUCAGGUUCUUUACGAGAGAGGCAAGGUCUCGCUGAAGACGUUACAAGUCAUCAACACGCACCUGCUGUCGGCCAUUAAAGAUGGGCUGGCACCGAGCACGGAAUUCUGGGAUAGCAGCAAGACCCUGAAAAAUCUUGCCGAGGAGAAAUAUUUCCAGGAUGAGGGCAAAAGUUUUGAGUGGCCUGAAGUCAUCAAGAAUAUGAUAUCUGAUACUGAUUCUCUCGGGAUGAGUGCGAAAGAAGAAUAUGAUUUAGCAGUGAGGUCUCUGGGAGCUGUUACAUGGUAUCUACAGUACAGUCUGAUGGAUGAAGAUUUGUUGUCGAUGAAGAAGUUUGAAGAAUACCGACCAGUCGACAGUGGAAUUACACCGGAGACGAAACCUGCCACGUUUAACAUUGAGCAACGACAUAUGGUGCUCGAUGGAAUCACCAUGUCUAACCUUGACCUUGUUGAGAACAGUGCCACAGCAACCCAAGAGGGAACUCUUCUCGCGCGACUCGACCAGUGCUCGACGCCAUUUGGAAAACGAUUGUUUCGACAGUGGCUAUGCACGCCGUUGUGUAACCCGGUUGCUAUUGACGACCGACUGGAUGCUGUGGAAGAUUUAAUGUCGGUUCCUGAUGUCAUGUCGGAAACUGUCGACAUCUUGAACAAAUUUCCAGACCUUGAAAAAUUACUGUCACGAAUUCACUCGUUGGGUUUGAAGAAAUCCAACAAGAAACACCCAGACAGCCGCGCCAUUCUGUACGAAGAAGUUGCCUACAGCAAACGUAAAAUUGAGGAUUUUCUCUCGGCAUUAAGUGGAUUCAAAGCGGCUCUGAGCAUCGUUAAGAAAUUCAAGAAGUGUGCAUCGGAUUUUAAGUCGCGGUUGCUGAAAAAGUCAGUGAUGUUUGAAUCGAGUGAGGGAAAUUUCCCCGACAUUACAGAGGAUCUGGAAUUUUUUAAUGCAGCAUUUGAUCAUGACAAGGCGAGGAAGGAUGGAACCAUUAUACCUACUGUUGGUGUGAAUCUCGACUACGACCGUGCGAAGUCAGACAUGAAGUCGGCACUGCGACGUCUUGACCACUACCUCGAUGAGCAGAGAGACAAUCUCAGUUGUCGGCAAAUAGUAUACUGGGGAAAUGGCAAGCACCGGUUUCAAAUGGAGGUUCCCGAGACUGCGUGGAAGAGAGUCCCAACUCACUUUGAGCUGCACUCAUCGAAGAAAGGCUGGAAGAGAUAUCGGACGACGGAAAUAGAGGAAAUGUUAGCCGUUCUUACGGAAGCUGAGGAGAGAAAAGAUUCCGCUCUAAAAGAUACAAUGAGACAAAUAUUCCACAAUUUUGAUGAAAGACACAUGAAGUGGGCCAGUAUUGUGUCAUGUCUGUCAGUUCUCGAUGUUCUCAUCUCACUCGCUCAGUUCAGUCGCUGUGGUGAUGGAGUCGUCUGUCGGCCGCAGGUUUUAAACACCAGCGAAGGCACUGAGCCUUUCAUUGAGAUUCGAGAAGGCCGACAUCCAUGUAUUUCCAAGACGUUUGUCGGUGGAGAUUUCAUUCCCAACGAUACAGUAGUAGGAACUGAAGAUGAUGAAGAUGGCGAUGAUGGUGGUUAUUCGUGUAGUAAACUCGUGUUGGUGACUGGACCCAACAUGGGCGGCAAGUCGACAUUGAUGAGGCAAGUGGGACUCAUCACCAUCAUGGCUCAGAUUGGUUGCUACGUUCCGGCUUCAAAAUGUCGACUGACGCCGAUCGACCGAGUGUUCACACGACUGGGAGCCAGUGACAGGAUCAUGGCUGGUGAGAGUACGUUCUUUGUUGAACUGAGUGAAACAUCGUCCAUCUUACAGCACGCCACACAGCACUCUCUUGUGCUGGUUGAUGAACUGGGACGAGGGACGGCGACGUUUGAUGGAACAGCCAUCGCGUGUUCUGUGGUUCAGGAGUUGUCCGAGAGAGUCCGGUGUCGAACUCUGUUUUCUACUCACUAUCACUCGCUUGUGGAGGAAUUCAGUCACGACAAAAACGUCAGGCUUGGUCACAUGGCAUGUAUGGUGGAGAACGAGAACACAGACGACCCGUCCCAGGAAACCAUCAUCUUUCUGUACAAGUUUGUCAAGGGUGCCUGUCCCAAGAGCUAUGGCUUCAAUGCAGCCCGUCUCGCCAGCAUCCCAGAAGAGAUCAUUAAAACAGCUGUCCAGAAAGCCAUGCAGUUUGAGUCUGCAUUUGAAGAUCUUCGGUCGCUCAAAAAACUCUGGACCAGUUGCAGCGUGGACUCUGUUAAAAGCUUGCAGCAGAUUGGUCGAGAAACUUCCUGAGCUGUGUUUGUUUAUAGUCAUAGGACAAAAACAUCCAAUGAAGGGCAUUUUUACAAGUGACUGGACACUGUAUCCAAAGACUUAUUCAAUGAUGAGUUCUUUUACAUAACUAGAUAUCACGGUGAAAACAAGACUUAUCCAGUGAAAAGUAUUGUUACAGAAUAUCUUCGAGUGUUAACAAAACCUGCCAGAAGUUCAGUCGGCAAACGUUUCGACUUGGCCAUUUGGUUUACCGUGAAGCACAUAAACCCGUCUAUAGUCUGUCCCACUAUGGAAUGUACUCCCAAGUUGUUUUUUUCCUGAGCCGUAUAUUUUCUAAAAUGCACACAAAAAUAGUAUUUUUUUGGUUAUUUUCACAACACUUUUACUUUUCUUCUUAUGGUCAAGCCAAACUGAAUUUAUUUACCAAACAUAUUUUUGUAAAAGUAUGGGAAGGACUAUAACAGAUGUUUUUCUGCUUGAUCUAGAUGAACUCGGCCCAGAGGUAACUUCAGCCAGCUGUUUCUGACUACUGUUUGCUGUACUACACAUUAAACUGAAUAACCACUUUAGGUAAACCAGUCAAAAUAGUUUGCAGUUUACAGAAUAUCUUUGACCGUGUAAACUAAACCUCCCCCAAGUUCAUCCAGCAAACGUUUUGCUAAUGUUCACAAGCUAUUUGAUUGGUUCCCGACUUGGCCAUUUUGGUUUACUGUGAAGCACAUAAACCAAUCUAGCAGAUGUUUUUUCUGCUUGGUCUAGAUGAACUCUGCCCAGAGGUAACUUCAGCCAGCUGUUUGCUAGACUGGUUUCUAUACUACACAUUAAACUGAAUGACCACUUUAGGAAAACCAGUCAAAAUAGUUUGCAAAGUAUUUAGGGAAAAAUGGCUGAACACAGGGCUGGCUGAAUGAAGGGAGGUAACUGUUAAUGAGGUUUAUGGCUUUAGAUGGAGACAUGUUUUAGGGUUUUUUUUUACUCCCCCCCCCCCCCCCCCCCCCGAUUAGGAUUGUGUGUUCACUCCUGAAGCAGGUUUAGUUUGAUUGCGCAAGAUAUUUUGUACUUAAGAAUGGCUGACCUACAUCAUUUGAUAAAUAUAUUGGAUAGUGAGAAUGGAAUAAAAUUUGAGUUUUAGUA